GCCAAUCCUGACGAGCUCGAGGAACUACAAGAACAUCGACCGCAGAGGAUUCAAGAACAUCUGCCACCACUGCGGGAAGACCUUCAAGAAGCCCAGCCAGCUCGUGCGGCACAUACGCAUCCACACAGGUGAGAGGCCGUAUAAGUGUUCUCACUGUGGGAAGGCGUUUAACCAGAAGGUGGUCCUGCAGACACACAUGGGCCGGCACACCGGAGAGAAGCCUCACCUGUGUGUGUUGUGUCCCGCAUCCUUCUCGCAGAAGGGGAACCUGCACUCACACGUGCAGAGGGUCCACUCCCAGGCGUCCGGUGCUCCGCUCUUCCCCUGUCUGGACUGCAGCUGCGUCUAUAAGAAGCUCGGCAGCCUCAACGCUCACAUCAGCAAAAUGCACAUCUCAGUAAUGGAAGUAGAGGAGCCAGCAGCACAGAAGGGGAAUGCCAGGGUUGAUCAGGGUCCCGAGGGGUCAGAGGGCGUGACUGAUGUCAUCCAGCAGCUGCUGGAGCUCUCGGACCAUGUGACCUCAGACAGCGCUCAGGCUCCUCCCCCUGGGCAGGCCAUCGGCACGCCCAUCAACCAGGACAUCCUACAGCAAGCUCUGGAGAACAGUGGACUGACUGAGAUCCCAGUUCAUCCGGACGCUCCCAGCGCAUCAGAGAAGCUCCAGACGGACACACUCGCCCCGACCUCAGCUGGAGACGGACCAGCGCCCUCCAGAAUCCUCAUGACUGACACCGUCCUCAAGAAGGAGAAGAGAAGCAUCAUCAAGAAGCCUCCGCAGAUGCUCGGCACCAUCCGGCAGGAGAACGGGGUCCGGUGGCACGGAUGUCCGUACUGCUCUAAAGAGUUUAAGAAGCCCAGCGAUCUGGUGCGCCACAUACGCAUCCACACACACGAGAAGCCCUACAAGUGCAAGCAGUGCUUCCGAGCCUUCGCGGUCAAGAGCACGCUGACCGCUCACAUGAAGAUCCACAGCGGGGUCAAGGCCUUCGAGUGCCCGUACUGCAUGAAGUGCUUCUCCACGUCCGGGAGCAUGAAGGUCCAUCAGCGCCUGCACACCGGUGUCCGGCCGUUCCCCUGUCCUCACUGCGAGAAGUUCUUCCGCACAUCCGGCCACAGGAAAACCCACAUCAGCUCUCACUUCAAGAGCCUCCACCAGAAGAAGCACAAGUUCCCCCGCAAGCCCCACAGGACCCGAGUGUCCCGGAGCAGCCUUCCUCUGCCGGACAUCCCCCUGCAGGAGCCCAUCCUCAUCACUGACAUGGGACUCCUGCAGAACCAGAGCUCGCGGGCCGCACUGCAGCAGUAUCUGGACAUCGUGGAGAACGAGCGCCCGUAUAAGUGUGGAUUCUGCAGCAAAGCCUACAAGAAGUCGAGUCACCUGAAGCAGCACGUCAGGUCACACACCGGUGAGCGCCCGUAUAAGUGCCUGCAGUGCAGUAAAGGCUUCGCCUCGUCCGGCGUGCUGAAGGCCCACAUCCGCACACACUCGGGCCUCAAGGCCUUCAAGUGCCUGCUGUGCGACACCACCUUCACCACCAGCGGGAGCCUGCGCCGCCACAUGACCACGCACAGCGACAUACGCCCCUACAUGUGUCCCUACUGCCAGAAGACCUUCAAAUCCUCCCCCAACUGCAGGAAGCACAUGAAGACACACAGGUAUGAGCUGGCUCAACAGCUCCAGCAGAGCUCAGAGGACAUGCAGCCGCCUGCAGUGGACCCCGGGACCCAGAGCAUGCUGGAGGCGGUGGCAGACGGCCAGCAGGGGGCGCUGCCCACGGCACUGGGGGAAGAUGCCCUGCAGGAGUCAGAAUCGUUUGUGAGUGCGCAGCACGCUCUCCCCGAACACAUGAGCCAGUUUGAGACGCCGGCGCUGCCCCAGCAGACCUUUGAACAGCCAGCGAUGACACAAGGUUUCACCAUAGCUGAGGGCUUUACCCAGCAGGCUCAUUUCUCUACUGUACAGCAGCUUCAGGACUCAAGCACACUGGAGUCUCAAGCCUUGACCACCAGCUACCACCCUCCCAACCUACUGAACGUGACACACACUGAGACGAGUGGUUUAUUGCAGGAGGCCAGUCAAGGAGAGCUGCAGCUGUCUAUACAGACACAAGACUUCCAGGAUGAGGAGGAAAUCAACAAGAGAGUUUAUCAGUGCAGUAUGUGUGAUAAGAGCUUUAAGAAGUCCAGUCACCUGAAGCAACAUGUGCGUUCUCACACCGGAGAGAAACCGUACCGCUGUAACCUGUGCGGGAGGAGCUUUGUGUCCGCCGGAGUGCUCAAAUCACACCUAAACACACACACAGGAGUGAAGGCUUAUAAGUGUAACGUCUGUGACACGUGUUUCACCACUAACGGCAGUCUGAACCGACACAUGAUCAUCCACCUGAACACCAAGCCCUUCAAGUGCACCGUGUGUGAGGAAAGCUUCCGCACCGUCAUCCUGCGCCGGAAACACACCAAACUCCAUCAUGCUGUGGGUCCCAAAGUUCUGGAGAGUGACGAGGCCGGUGAGGAGGAGGAGGACGGGUCGGAUCGCUCCGGGCCGAAGAGGAACCGCACCGGCAUCAUCACGCUAACAGAAGAGCAGACAGCAGAGCUAGCCAAGAGGGACCCGCGCGACGAGCCCAGUGUCUCAGAGAAGGUUCUGGCCCAGACGGCUGCCGAACGAGACCGCAUCAGUGAGGUUAAAGACAAGUGUGUGGAGCUCAACAUAGAGCCGAAGUUCGCAAACCGCUGCCAGUACUGUCCCAAGAGCUUCAAGAAGCCCAGCGACCUGGUCAGACACAUCCGGAUACACACAGGCGAGAAACCGUACAAGUGUGAUGAGUGUGGGAAGAGUUUCACGGUGAAAUCCACACUGGACUGUCAUGUUAAGACACACUCAGGGCAGAAGCUGUUCAGCUGUCACAUGUGCAACACGUCGUUCUCCACCAAGGGCAGUCUGAAGGUCCACAUGCGUUUGCACACCGGCUCCAAACCCUUCAAGUGCCCGUUCUGUGAGCUGCGCUUCCGCACGUCUGGCCACCGCAAGACCCACAUCCAGGGUCACAUCAGGCCCUCGGACCGCAAGGCCAAGCGGAGCGCCGGCGCCGAGAGACCCCCGCAGGACCAGUGCGCCCCUCAGGCUCAGGAGGCCCAGACUCUACUGCACACCACCAGCUCAGAUCCCAACAUCUACAUCCCAGCGAACCCAGUGCUCACGGGCCAGUAUGAGCCCAGUCUGCUGCAGCAAGGCCUGGUGGGACAAGCCAUACUGCCUGCUACUGUCUCAGCGGGUGGAGAUCUGACGGUCUCUCUGACGGACGGUCUCGCUACUCUCGAAGGGAUUCACCUGGUGUGUCCGAAUGUGCAGAUCUCUGGGAUUGACCCCAGCAACAUCAACAACAUCACUCUGCAGAUCGACCCCAGUAUCCUGCAGCAGACGCUCCACCAGGGCAGUUUGCUGUCUCACUCUCUGACAGGCGACUCGAGUCUGGUGCCGCACGCCACGGCUCACCUCAUGACGGACGGAGACGCCAGUGUUCCUGCCAGUGUGGUGAUCCACCCUCUGACGGGUCUCUCUCUGCAGCCGCCCGCCUCGGCCAUCAGCCUGAGCAGCGACGACACCAGCGGUUCUCAAGUGUCCAGCAGCAGAGCUCCAGAAAUCACUCUGACCAUCAACAACUCCAGUCUGACUCAAGCGUUACAGACCAGUUCAUCAUCCACUGGCACCAGCACAUCUGAGAUCACACUCACUAUAGGAGGUCAGGACCUGUUGCCCCAUCACUGCCCCUCCUCGACCGCGAGCAUCAGCCCUGGGCUCAGACUGGCUCAGAUCACCAGCGAUCAGCUCCUUCCUCAGAGUCCUCCUCCCUCGGCCCUCACCGUCAGUGCUCUGGCUCCCAGCACCUCCCUGUCCUCGCAGAGCCUGGUGAUGUCAUCAGGGGGCGUGGCCAGCGACGGCAGCGUGACUCUGAUGUCAUCAGGGGGCGUGGCCAGCGACGGCAGCGUGACUCUGACUCUGUCCGACACACAGAUCUUGGAUACGGUCUCGCUCAACCUCAGCACACAGAUGCUGGAUCCGCAGCCGGAGGAGAAGGAGGCCGAGCCAAAGCAGAAGCACCAGUGUUUCUACUGCAGUCAGACUCUGCUGACGGCCAACGCUCUCAGGAGACACUGCAGACAGGAGCACGGGAAGGAGCGCUGCCACGUGUGUCGAGUCUGCAGCAAAGCCUUCAAACGGGCCACACACCUCAAGGAGCACGAGUAUGUCCAUAAGAAGGGACCCAAAGUCAGCGCUCAGAAACCCAAAGUCUUCAAAUGCCCCAACUGUGACAAAGCCUUCGCCAAACCCAGUCAGUUAGAGAGACACAACCGCACACACACAGGUGAGCGGCCCUUCAAGUGUCCUCUGUGUGAUAAAGCCUUCAACCAGAAGAGCGCGCUGCAGGUGCACCGGGUCAAGCACACGGGAGAGAAGCCCUACAGGUGUGAGGUCUGCACCAUCAGCUUCACCCAGAAGAGCAACAUGAAGCUGCACAUGAAGAGGUCUCACGGCUAUCUGGCGUCCUGCAGCAAACUCUCCGUGAAGCCACAGGAAGUGGAGGUGGUGUUGGAACACGACUCCGAGUCGGACUCGCAGCCGGCGGCGUCUCAGCAGGGCAAACACACGGAGACGGGUCUGGAUCUGGAGGACGGUGUGCAAGAGUCUUCAGAGGGCUGGCAGUGCCCCAUCCCCACAGUCUUCCCAUGAGCCUCUGCUUCCCCUGACA